CCUGUUAUUUCCUGGGUUUGAAGAAUUAAUGGUUUUUUUUUUUUUAUUGUUCUGGUGAUCUGUUAGGAAAUUGGCCAUGUUUGGAGUUAUUUACCAGUGUGUCCCUCAACUGGAUUUUCAUGUAGAGAUUUGGUGUUGUUUCGCUAGAUAUGUUUGAUUGGAACGACGAAGAGCUCACAAGCAUCAUAUGGGGUGAGGCUAGUGAAAAUGGCGAACAUAUAGUCCCUUAUCCAGCUGGAAAGGAAGAUGAUCAGCCCAAGAAAAUACAAAAUGAUGACAUCGCGACCCUUAAGCCUAGUGAACAGAAGCCGCUCGGGGCAAAACUCGAUCUCCAUGGCAUGAAGCCGGAAUGCUUCAACGGAAGCAACAAAAAUGGAGGGAUUACUGUAUCAAGCUUGGACUCGUGGCCAAAUCUGUCUUCAUCAGAAGCUGCUAAAGAUGAGCAAGGAUCUGUUGGCGCUGGAGUGUCCGAUAAUGUGACAGAAAUUAAUGAAUGCAAUUCGUCUAAAGGUGGUGAAAAUGCUAUUUCUUAUGACACGAAGCACACAGCACAUUUUGAGUUGACUUGUGAUGUUUCUAAUACUUCUCGCCAAACAUCAAUUUCUCCAGCGGAGACAGCCCAACAUGAUGCAGAUACUGAUAUAUUUGGAAAUACCCAAGGUGAAGAGCAUUCUGACUUUGCUGACUAUGGAUGGGAGAAUAUCAGCAGCUUUGAUGACCUCGAUCGAAUCUUUAGCAAUGAUGAGCCAAUAUUUGGCCAAGUAAAUCUUGAUAAAGCUGAUGAGAUAUGGUCUUCUUCUAAAGAUGCAACAAGCAGCCCAGUAAGAUCAUUUUCCCUUUCUGCGGUUUCGCCCGUUUUGAUUUCUGGAGCAUUGACGACUUCAUCAGAGAUUCUGCAAGUGAAAACAGAAUAUGAGCAUCAAGAUGAGCAGUCUUUCAACCUUGGCUAUGACAAAAUGAAUGAGCCCGCAUCCAUUAGUUUUCAGCAAAGAAAUGCAAUUGUUGAACCGGUUGCAAAGGAUCAGAAGAAUAUGGCCAUGGUAGGAAAGACCCAUGCAGAAAAUUCUCGUCUUUUUGUUGAUAGUUCUUUUACCCUGAAUGAACGUGCUGAUAAGGUUUACAGGCACAAAACACUCCAUAAAAGCCAGAAGAAGUCCCCAGAAAAAGCUGAAGGGAAAUUAUCACAAGAUAUUUAUGGGUCCUGGUCUUCGCAUGUGGAUUUGGGGGGACAGUACAGCCACCAGUUAUCGCCUUUUCCAUCAUCUAUCAAUCAACUAAGUGGGAUUAGAGGACCUGAGCCUACCCAUUUCUUGCAGAUCUCUGAUCCAUGUGCACAAGCUGCUGCAUUCGGGAACUAUACAGAAUCAUUUCCAGGAAUACUUUCACCAACGAGCUUCCAAUCCGGGGAGGUCAAGUGUUCGAUCGUGUUUCCAGGGUACAAGGUGUCUUCUGCUUAUGUCGACUCUACAGAAAAGAGGCUUGAUUCCCCAGGAAAACCUCCUACAAUGACACCCCAGGAGAAAAUUGACAAGCUUAGGCGGCGCCAGCAAAUGCAAGCAAUGCUUGCUAUAAAGAAACAGCUACAGCAGUUUGGUGACCAAGUCUCCAGUCCUUCUGAUGCUCAAAAGCUUACUCUGGAAAGUCCGAAUCAGCAUAGCAAGGGAGCCCAUUUGGAAGUUGAUGAUCUGAGCAGUCUGCCUUCCAUUGAUACAAGUUCUUCUAUAGAGCAGGAUGGUUCUAUUUUUGUCUCUGCAGCUGUUGAUGGGUGUUCAAUUGAGGAUGUGGUGCUUAAUCGGCUUCAGGAUGUGAUUGCAAAGUUGGACAAUGGGACAAGAAUCUGUAUACGGGAUAGCUUGUAUCGCCUGGCUAAAAGUGCCGUGAAUAGGCAACACACUGGUAAUGUGAUUGGCACUGUUGUGAAUCCGCAAGAUGAGCAUGAAGUUUUGGCAAAGGAGGAAGCAGUGGCUAGUAACAGGGAGGUUAAGCCAGCUGAUGUUGAAACAGACACCAAUCCAAUAGACCGAGCAGUUGCCCAUUUGCUCUUUCAUCUGCCCUUUUCCACUAAACUUCCUGGAACACCCGGAUCAUCAAUUUCUCCGAAGCUCCCCCGCAAACACAAAGCACAAGAGGUGGCAAAUGUGCAAAAGGAGGGACUGUCCAAGAUCUCAAAAACUGAGCUGCAGUCCUCUCUUCAAGGAUCAGAAAGUACAGACCAGAUGACAGAUACCCAUCAGAUUAGCAUGGACACGUCCGAAAAUGCCUAUGUGCCAACAGAGGGUGGAGCUGGAGCUUUUGAAUCAUCGCAAGAGCAGUUAAAUUCGUGAUGGUAAUUUAUUUCUCGUCUCAUCCAUGAUCAUUUAGACUCUUCCACUACUUGGGUAUGAUGCUGCUAAUUUGGAGGUUCUCUUUUGUUCAGCUUGCUGAAGCUUCAUUGAGCGCGAUUUGCGGAGUCAGAAUCAUUUGCUUAAGGUGACAAGUCCGGGAAAGGAGCAACUUCAUUAGCAUCAUCUUGAUUAUGCCUAAUUUUUGGAACUUAAUUCUAUGUGAUAUUUCAGCCAUUGUGACUGAACCUGAUCUCGUUACUGAAAAAACUUAUUAGGACAGACUGUCAGUGAUGGUGUCCGUCAAAAGUUCUUAUAUUGCAGAAGUUGCAGCAAAUAGCAGGUGACCUCCGAGUAAUUUAUCAA